UAUCGAUCAUCUCUCUCCCCAUAACGUCUUGUGUGAAAAAGUUUAAGUCCUUUUUUUUAGGGCUUCCCAAUUAUUGUCUUCAAUUUUGUUCAUAUACCUAAUUCCCUACCUUCACAGUCUGAUCAUUUCGAGCUUUCGAGCAGAAAACAAUUAGUACAUCUAUAUCUCUCUCUUUCUUUAUACGAAUUCAUUGAAUACUGAAACUCACAAAGCAUCACUUGUAGAGACCUUAAUAAUGGAAGAUCACCAGAAGGAGCUACAUUUUCUUUCUACUCACACAAACGCAGCAAAUUCAUCGUCCUGGCCAUCCGAUUCUUCUGGAAACAUGAUCCUAUCAUCGGAAUCAAUUGAACCUCCUUCGUUGGACCUACAACUUUCAAUCAGCGUACGACCAAUAAAACCACCAUCAGAUCAUCAUCAAGGUGUCCUAAUUCGACCAGCAAUAAAUCAUGAUCACAAUCACAAUCACUACACCGAUGUCCGGUUCGACUCAGGGUAUGUGGAAGCUCUUAAAUGGCAAGCCGCUGAGCAAAUCCGGCUUGCAGCCAUUGAAAAAGCGUACGCGGAACGUGUGAGGGAGCUUACUAGAAGAGAAAUAGAGCUGGCUCAGUCGGAAUUCGCACGUGCAAGGAGUAUGUGGGAAAGAGCUAAAGAAGAAGUUGAAAGAGCAGAAAAGUUGAAAGAAAGAGCAACUCGUAGGAUUGAUCCUACGUGCAUGGAAGUUACUUGCCAUUCUUGCAGUCAAAAAUUUCGACCUCAUUGAAUUUCAAUAUUAUUAUUAUUAUUAUUGAGGGGGAAAUAAAAAAAAUAAGAUGUUAAUUAAUUAAUGUAUUAUGUAUUCUUUUCUUUUGGUGGUAAAAAAACUUGAAAGUGGAUUAAUAAUUUGAUGUA